CUAUCGGACUUUAAGACAAUAUGCCACGGCGUUUGUCCUGCUAAAAGCCGGCUGGAGGAACAGACAGAUCUGAACGAUGGUAACGAUCGGACACAUCCCUAUAUUGUCUUGAAAAUGUCUGGCAGAGCUUGCUUCAAUAAAUACAUUCCAGCUUUCCAUAUUCUCCAAGCCGUCAUGCUAGAUCUAUCAUUUUCUGCUUACCGUCUUACAUCAUCCCAACCUUUCGUGACCAUAUCAAGUCACGAGAGCAACUAUGGCAUCUGCUAGUACUUCUCCUAAGAUCCUCCUUACUGGAGUCACUGGAUACAUUGGUGGCACGAUCUUGAAUUAUCUCCUUGAUUCAUCAUCUGCGGCCACUAGCAUUGAUACCGUUUCGUGCCUUUUGCGCGGUCCCGACCGGGCUGCAAAACUUGCCUCCACAUACGGCUCCCGCGUCAACCCUAUCGUCUACAAGGACUUUGACGAUAUCGAAGCAACAGUCGCAGCCGCCGCAGAGCAUGACAUAGUCAUCAGCACGACCCAUGGCUGGCAUGCCGCCUCCUCGCAGGCGCUUAUCCGCGGUCUCGCCCAGCGCAAGGCCGCAACAGGCCGCGACGUGUGGUUCAUCCAUACCUCCGGCACGUCAAACGUCGCUUACAAAACGAUGGCGAAGGGGUAUACGGAACAGGGAAGGCAUGAUCUCGACGACGCUAAGGACGACAUCUACGCCUACGAGAAAGAGCGCGAGCAGAAAGAAGGCCCGUAUGGACAGCGGACCAUGGAACUAGCGGUUGUGGACACGGGCCUAGAGCUCGGCGUUAAGACAUUGGUCAUCAUGAGUCCGACUAUAUACGGUCUCGGGUCGGGCCUUUGGAACAAGCUCAGCAUUCAGCUUCCCAUGUUAGCCAGCGCCGUGCUGAAGAAUAAGCGCCCGGCGGUGUUGGGUGAGGGUAAGGGUGUGUGGGACCACGUGCACGUGGACGACCUGGCGGAAUUGUACGUGCUUGUUGUGAGGCGAAUAAUAGAGAACGGCGGCGAAGGAGUGCCAACGGGAAAGAAGGGUAUCAUAUUUAGUUCCAAUGGUCGCUUCUCGUGGUUGGAUGUGACGCGAGGAAUGGCUGACGUGCUCCACGAGAAAGGCUUGCUCGCUGAUCGGGAAGUACAGAGCGUUGGAGUAUCCGACAUGAAGAAAAUUCUUGGGCUUGAGGGAGCAACCGAUGACAUCGCGCAGCUUUCAUAUUUCAGCGACUCCCGAACUCUAUCUAGUGUAGCUAGAAGUCUAGGCUGGAACCCUACACGAGGGGAGGAGGCGUGGAAGCGUGAGAUCCAGGAUGUCGUGGAGGCUGUUCUGGCUAAGGGAGCAUAAUUCGUGCAGGCGGAACUGUAGACUAGAACAUGCUGCAUUGAGCACUAAGACUAGGUACCAAGAUAUUGACGCCGAGGAUUCUAUAGAUAUAAUGGAUAUAUCCAAGAACAAAACUCCGUAUCUGAACUGUUGCCGGAGACUUGCUAUGCUGUCGAGUCGCUUUUAGAGAUUUUGUCGAGAGCACCCAGGGCGAGCUACUCGAACUUGGCGGACCAGUGGCGCUAGUAAGUGAUGGGCAAUU